GAACUGUUUCGUGAACCUGGGACUCAACUCGAACUCGAACCACUACGUCGCCUGCCUUCUCAUCUUCCUGCUGCAUUUCUCCCCUCAGUUGUUAAAUCCGUCCAAUUCUAAUUCCAGUAGUAACUGUGAAGGAGAAGAACAGAGCUGCACAGAUGGCGAACAACAGCUCAUACGGUGAAAAUGUUAGAAGAAAGCCACACACACCGUCCGCUAUUGUUAUUGGUGGUGGAUUUGCAGGGCUUGCUGCAGCUGAUGCACUCAGAAAUGCGUCCUUUGAGGUUAUGCUUUUGGAAUCUCGUGAUAGGAUAGGCGGCAGAGUUCACACUGACUACUCUUUCGGGUUUCCUGUCGAUUUGGGAGCAUCUUGGCUUCACGGUGUCUGUGAAGAAAAUCCCUUAGCUCCAAUCAUUUCAAGGCUUGGACUUCCGUUGUAUCGGACAAGUGGAGAUGAUUCCGUGCUGUUUGAUCAUGAUCUAGAGAGUUAUGCACUAUAUGACACUAAUGGGCAUCAAGUUCCACAAGAGUUGGUUGAAAAGAUUGGGAAGGUGUUUGAGACUAUACUGGAAGAGACUGGCAAAUUAAGGGAACAAAUCAAUGGUGAUAUGUCUAUUGCAAAAGCCAUCGCAAUCGUUAUGGAGAGAAAUCCACAUUUGAGGCAAGAAGGGAUUGCCCAUGAAAUUCUACAGUGGUAUUUGUGCCGUAUGGAGGGUUGGUUUGCCACCGACGCAGAUUCAAUCUCGUUACAGGGCUGGGACCAGGAGGUACUGCUUCCAGGUGGCCAUGGCCUCAUGGUUCGUGGAUAUCGUCCGGUUAUAAAUACUCUGGCAAAAGGCUUAGAUAUACGUCUUGGCCAUAGGGUUGUUGAAAUUGUUCGCCACAGGAACAGGGUGGAGGUUACUGUAAGCAGUGGUAAAACGUUUGUUGCUGAUGCUGCAGUAAUCGCUGUUCCCUUGGGUGUUCUGAAAGCAAACACCAUUAAAUUUGAGCCGAGAUUGCCAGAGUGGAAGGAAGAAGCAAUUAGAGAACUUUCAGUUGGAGUUGAGAACAAAAUUGUUCUUCACUUCAGCCAGGUUUUCUGGCCUAACGUGGAGUUCCUUGGGGUUGUUUCCUCCAGCACAUAUGGCUGCAGCUAUUUCCUCAACCUUCACAAGGCAACAGGCCACCCUGUUCUUGUUUACAUGCCUGCUGGCCGCCUUGCUCGUGACAUUGAAAAGAUGUCAGAUGAGGCUGCUGCCCAAUUUGCAUUCUCCCAGUUGAAGAAGAUCCUUCCCAAUGCAGCUGAGCCGAUAAAUUACCUAGUUUCACACUGGGGCUCGGACGAGAACACACUUGGUUCCUACACCUUUGAUGGGGUGGACAAACCUCGUGACCUGUAUGAGAAGCUGCGCAUCCCUGUGGACAAUCUCUUCUUCGCAGGGGAGGCUACAAGUAUCAAGUACACUGGCACGGUGCACGGAGCCUUCUCCACUGGUCUGAUGGCAGCUGAGGAGUGCAAGAUGCGGGUUCUGGAGCGGUUCAGGGAACUGGACAUGCUAGAGAUGUGCCACCCUGCCAUGGGCGAGGAGAGCCCCAUCUCUGUUCCUCUGCUCAUCUCUAGGCUCUAAACCAGAUGAGCAUUUGCCCUAAGAUUACAAUCAAGGUGUGGGAACUGGGAAACCCUGCGAGUACGCUGACCAUUCCACUGAUCGCUCGAGGAAGGCAGCAUAGGAGAAACUUUCCUUGCGUCUCCUUGGCAUGAGGCUUGUGUUAGUAGUGCUUGUGGUGUGUGCCCUAUUAAACUUGUCAUUAAACAUUGAGUCUCUGUGGGAGUCGUUAUGUAUGUAUAUUUGUAAGCAUAAGAUGGGUGUGGUAAAUCAGGAAACACGAGCUACGAGGCCGUCUUUAUAAAAAAAGAUGGCGUCUUUGUGAUGAACACUGUAAUUUAAACGCAUGAUAGUUUGAAGUAUGAGUGACUGCUAUGUCGUUAUUGUUGCCUGUUACUCGAGGCUUGCAGAA